ACACUGCAGACACUGCAGAUUGAGAACGGAGCGUCCCUCAAGUUAAGCCUAAACACCGAUAGAAAAAUGUAGUUAACAAGGGAUUUAAAAAACCGAAAUCUUUUCCUUUAAUACUUAGUAAAGAGAGUGGGGUGUCUCCUGUUUGGGCUGGCAUAUCUACAGCCUAAACAAUCAGUUUAACUCUUGUUUGGGAUUCCUUCUUGUUUUAGCAUGGCGGAGCUUGGAGUUCACAGAAUCCUCCUCUUGGUUAUUUCUCUGACAAAGUGUCUGGAAGGCAAAAAACUGCUGGCAGACUUUAAAAAAUGUGGUGACUCGGAAUGUGAAACUUUAAUAAGCAGGGUCUUAGCCACAAGAGACUACAAAGGAUCUGACUGUCGAUACCUGAACUUCACUAAGGGAGAAGAGAUAUCUGUUUAUAUUAAACUUGCAGGAGAAAGGGAAGAUUUGUGGGCAGGAAGUAAAGGAAAGGACUUUGGAUAUUUCCCCAGAGAUGCAGUCCAGAUUGAAGAGGUGUUCAUAUCUGAGGAAGUUCAAAUAUCAACUAAAGAAUCUGACUUUCUCUGUCUUCUUGGAGUAAGCUUCGUAUUUGAAGAUGAAGAUAGUGAAUUAAACAGUGAUAACAGUGAAAAUAUAUACCCAUAUGGAGAAGAUAAAGACACCAAAUCUAAUGUAUAUGAAAAUGAUUUUCAGACAGAACCUGGCUUUUAUUCAACUCUUGAAAGUAUUUUGUUUGAAGAUCAAUUUCCAGCAUCAGAGGCUCCUGAAGAUGUCAGAAGUACUAGUGAAUCAAAAGACUGGGAAGCAGUAAAAGCUGGAAGUACGGAACAGUAUCCUAGUCCAGAAGUGGAUCAUGUCCCACCAUCCUCAGCUGUGCCUGAAGUGAGAGGAUGGUUUGGAUUUGGAAAGGAUCAAGCUGAUGGAAGGACUUCUGAAUCAGUUACUGAACCUCUACAAGAAAGCUCAUUUCAAAGUAGAAAAAUAGCAGUGGAAGAGAACAACUCAGAAGAAUUAAACAAUGGUGAGUCCCAAACAGAACAUAAGCAAGAAUCUGAAUCAGAAUCUGAUUCAGUGCCAGAGCAGCAGUCUGAGCUAAUGAGUGAGUCAGAGCACAUUCUCAAUCCUCAAGACACUGGUUGGUUUGGUGGUGGAUUUACAAGUUAUUUUGGUUUUGGAGGUGAGGAUACAGGGCAUGAAUUAUUGUCCGAAGAAAGCAACCCACCAUUACAAGAUGUUCCUAAUUCCAUAUCCUCUGAGGAAGAACCCACAGUUCCAUGUACAGAAGUGGCAACAGAAAAAGAAGACACAAUCACUAAUGAUAGCUCAAUUCUCAAGCCAAGUUGGUUUGACUUUGGUUUUGGUAUGUUAGGUUUUGCAUAUGCUAAUAAAGAUAAAAUUACAUCAGAUGAUGAAAAAAAUGAAGAAGGAGGUGGGGGAGAUAAAGGUGGACAUCCUCCAACAAGUGAAUUUGACCCUGAAAUAAAAAUGAUAAAAAUUAUGGAAACUGAAGAUCAAAUAGUCAAGGAAAGAGUCUUAGAGAAAACAAAUGAUUUGGAUACUUUACCAUAUUUUAAAAAGUUCUUGUAUAAUUUUGACAACCCCUGGAACUUCCAGAACAUUCCAAAGAAAACAGAAUUGCCAUUUCCCAAGCAGACAUUGGAUGAAAAUAAUGUAGGUGAAAAUGAUGAAACAGAAGAAUUUUCACUUGAAAAUUACCCCACAGAUAAUAUGGAAGAUACGAUGUUGAAAAGCAGAUACAGUCAGUCAGAUAAGGUCUCUAAUACAGAGUUACCUAUGAAAAUUCCUGAAGAAGUACAUUUCAAAACUCUGUCUUCUAAAAGUAAUGAUGAAAAAUCGGAAACACCACUAGAUGCUGAAAGGCCUGCUCAGGUAGAAAUAGACACACCUGUGGAAAACUCCCUGCCAAACAGCCAGAUCUUUUCAAUUGAUUAUUCUUUGUCUUCUCAAAAUUACAUUGUUCAAAAAGAAGAUGCUUCUGAGUGUCAGAUUUUGAAAUAUUUAUUUCAAAUUGAUGUUUAUGAUUUCCUGAAUUCUGCGUUUUCACCAAUUGUAAUUCUUACAGAAAGGGUUGUGGCAGUAUUGCCUGAGAAUAUGAGGCCGGGUUCUAAUUUCUAUGGUUUUCCAUGGGAAUUGGUGAUAUGUGCAACUAUUGUUGGAUUUUUUGCUGUUCUCUUGUUUUUGUGGAGAAGUUUUCGAUCGAUUAGAAGUCGGCUUUAUGUGGGAAGAGAGAAAAAGCUGGCUGUAGAACUUUCUACACUAAUCGAAGAAAAAUGUAAACUACUUGAAAAAUUUAGCCUUUUUCAAAAAGAGUAUGAAGGUUUAGAGUCAUCUUUAAAGGAUUCCAGCUUUGAGGAGUCAACAGAAGCACAAUGUUUGGAGGCAGUCUGUGAAAAGCUGCUCAAGUCCAAAUCUGAACUUGAGGAUGAAAUUCAUUUUCUAGAAAAACAGUUAGAAGAAGGGAAAUCUAAACAUUCGGAGCAAGAUGAAUUGAUGGUGGAUAUUUCAAAAAGGAUACAGUCCCUAGAAGAGGAGUCAAAGUCCCUCAAAUCACAAGUUGCUGAAGCCAAAACAACCUUCAAAAUAUUUCAAAUGAAUGAAGAACGACUUAAGAUAGCUAUAAAAGAUGCUUUGAGUGAAAACUCCCAACUUCAGGAGAGCCAGAAACAGCUUUUACAAGAAGCUGAAGAAUGGAGAGAACAAGUGAGUGAACUUAAUAAACAGAAGGUAACACUCGAAGACUCCAAAGUACACAUGGAACAAAUUCUGUGUGAUAAAGAAAAUCAGAUUAAGUCUCUGACUGAGCGCUUGCUAAAGAUGAAAGACUGGGCUGCAGUACUUGGAGAAGACAUAACUCAUGAUGAUAACUUGGAAUUGGAACUGAAGAGUGAUUCAGAAAAUGAUAAUCAACCAAAAGGAGCUUUGAGGAAACUGAUUCAUGCUGCUAAGUUAAAUGCUUCUUUAAAAACUCUGGAAGGAGAAAGAAACCAAAUUUAUACUCAGUUAUCAGAGGUGGAUAAAGCAAAAGAAGAGCUUACAGAGUGUAUUAAAAAUCUCCAGACUGAGCAAGCAUCUCUGCAGUCAGAAAAUACACAGUUUGAAAGUGAGACUCAAAAGCUUCAGCAGAAACUUAAAGUAAUGGCUGAACUGUAUCAAGAAAAUGAAAUGACACUUCACAGGAAAUUGACAGUAGAGGAAAAUUACCGGUUAGAGAAAGAGGAGAAACUUUCCAAAGCAGAUGAAAAGAUAAUCCAUGCAGCUGAAGAGCUGGAGACCUAUAGAAAACGAGCCAAAGAUCUAGAAGAAGAAUUGGAGAGAACCAUUCGUUCUUAUCAAGGACAGAUUAUUUCUUAUGAGAAAAAAGCACAUGAUAAUUGGUUGGCAGCUCGGACUGCUGAAAGAAACCUCAAUGAUUUAAGGAAAGAAAAUGCUCACAACAGACAAAAAUUAACUGAAACAGAGUUUAAAUUUGAACUUUUAGAAAAAGAUCCUUAUGCACUUGAUGUUCCAAAUACAGCAUUUGGCAGAGAGCAUUCCCCAUAUGGUCCCUCACCAUUGGGUCGACCUUCACCUGAAACGAGAGCUUUUCUCUCCCCUCCAACUUUGUUGGAGGGUCCACUCAGAUUCUCACCUUUGCUUCCAGGGGGAGGAGGAAGAGGCUCAGGAGGCCCAGGGAACCCUCUGGAGCAUCACAUCACCAAUGAAAGAGGAGAGUCAAGCUCUGAUAGGUUAACUGAUCCCCACAGAGCGGCUUCUGACACUGGCUCCCUUUCACCAACCUGGGAACAAGAUCGUAGGAUGAUGAUCCCUCCAUCAGGCCAGCCAUAUCCUGAUGCAGUUCUUCCUCCACAAAGGCAAGACAGAUUUUAUUCUAAUUCUGGUAGACUUUCUGGACCAGCAGAGCUUAGGAGUUUUAAUAUGCCAUCUUUGGAUAAAACAGAUGGGCCAGUGUCCUCAGAAAUGGAAUCCAGUAGAAAUGAUAGUAAAGACGAUCUUGGUAAUUUAAGUGUACCUGAUUCAUCUCUUCCCAUCGAAAGUGAAGCAACUGGCCCUGGCUUUGCUCCUUCACCUUUUCCUCCAAUCAGAGGUCCAUUGUUCCCAUUGGAUACAAGGGUCCCUUUCAUAAGAAGAGGUCUUCCUUUCCCUCCGCCUCCUCCUCCAGGAAGCAUGUAUGGACCUUCCCGAGAUUAUUUUCCACCAAGAGAUUUUCCUGGUCCACCACAUCCUCCAUUUGCAAUGAGAAAUGUCUAUCCACCGAGAGAUUUUCCUCAUUAUCUUCCCCCAAGAGCUGGAUUUUUCCCCCCACCCCCACCUCCUGAAACUAGGGGUGAGUUCCCAUCAGGGUUGAUUCCACCUUCGAAUGAGCCUACUACUGAACAUCCAGGACCACAGCAAGAAACUUGACAAUAUUUUUGGCCUCUCUUCAAAAGUAAUUUUGACUUCUCUUUUAUUUUCAGUUUAAGUAACUGCUGUUACUUAAGUGAUUAUACUUUUGCUCAAAUUGGAGCUUAAUGGAAUUAUAAUUCUCAGGAUAGUAUUUUGUAAAUAAAGAUGAUUUAAAUAUGACUCUUAUGAGUAAAUUAUUUCUAUUUUAUUUUAUUCUAGAUAGUAUAAUUAUUUUAAUUUGAUUAACAUAUCCACUAUCACAUAAACAGUAAUGAGAGUUUUAUAUCUGUAAUCUUGUAGGUGAGGAUGUUUUAAACUCCAAAGGCUGUGUCUUCAUGCCAAGAACUGUAUUUACUGUGGUUGUAGACAAAUGUGAAAGUAACUUUAUGCUUAAUUAAAUAAAUUUUAAUUGAUUUAAAGAUUUGUUUGGCAUUGAUAACAAUAAAAUCAGCUAGUUUUUUCAUUAA